UUUAGUAACUAGUCCCUUCUAAUCAUCACUACCUUUUUGUCUUUUUUUUAGUUAGUAUUUUCUGAUCAUAAGAAAAUAGAAAUGGGAAGUGGAAACUCGCCAUGUGCUUCAUGCAAGCUUCUUAGACGGAGGUGUGCCAAGGAUUGCAUCUUCGCACCUUAUUUCCCUUCCGAUGACCCUCAAAAGUUCGCCAUUGUUCACAAGGUCUUUGGUGCUAGCAACGUUAGCAAAAUGUUACAGGAGCUUCCGAUUCAUCAAAGAGCAGAUGCAGUGAGUAGCUUGGUAUACGAAGCGAACGCAAGGGUUCGUGACCCGGUGUAUGGAUGCGUGGGAGCCAUAUCAUACCUUCAGAACCAAGUCUCAGAGCUUCAAAUGCAGCUUGCUGUUGCGCAGGCAGAGAUACUCUGCAUCCAGAUGCAGCAUGAACCCUCUGUAGCCGCAGCAAUACCCAAUCCACAACAAAUAAUGGAGUUUCAAGAACAGAACAAUAAUAAUAAUGAACUCACUCACCAUCACCAUCACCAUCAUCAGUACCUUAACUUUGCAGCAGCUUCUUCUAGCAAUGUAAUCCAUGAUUCUCUCUCUAGAGAGACUUUCUUUGGACAUGACAUGGUUUCUUAAUUCAGUAAUGAAAUUUCCUAACUUAAUUGCUAAUUGCUUUUUGGUC